AUGCAUGUGUCAGGGAGUGGCGUGGCUGGCUGGCUGGCUGGGGAAGCAAAGCGACUUUUCUUCUUCUUCCCCGGAUCAUCUAGGGAUCAUGAGGAGAGAGAUCCAGAAAAGGGGUCGAGGAAGGCAAAGACAGCCAACAGCAAAAGCAAAAGAAAAGCAAAAAAAGGCAGAAAACCCAAGAAGGAGACAAGGGGAAAGAUGGAGCUGGAGCUGGAGACUCCGCGUGGCCUGAGGGUGGCGAGAGAAGAGGAAGACUCAAGAGGAAGACUCAGUAGAAAGAGAGCAAAGAGUAAGAGAGCAAAGAGAGAGAGACCAGUCGGAAGAGCCAAGGACGACCUCGUGGGCUGCAGCAGCGCAGGUGGCAGCCGAAGGGCGCAGGAAGACAGCCAGAGAAGCCAGCGAGUAGACGGAUGGCUAGUAGGGAUGGUUAGGGAUGAGUUAGGGGACUAG